AUGGAGACGGAUUCAGGCGCGCAAACCACAAAUCAGACGCAAACAGAUUCUUUAUCUCCAUCCCCCAAUCCUGUGUCACCUGUGCCUUUGAAUAAUCCAACAAGUGCCCCAAGAUUUGGAACAGUGAUUCCUAAUCGUAUCUUCGUGGGAGGAAUCGACUUUAAGACUAAUGAAAAUGAUUUAAGGAAAUUUUUUGCCCAGUAUGGGUCUGUGAAAGAAGUGAAGAUUGUAAAUGACAGAGCUGGAGUGUCAAAAGGGUAUGGUUUCAUCACUUUUGAAACACAAGAAGAUGCGCAAAAAAUUUUGCAAGAGGCAGAGAAACUUAAUUAUAAGGAUAAGAAACUGAAUAUUGGUCCAGCAAUAAGAAAACAACAAGUAGGGAUCCCUCGUUCCAGUAUAAUGCCCGCAGCUGGAACAAUGUAUCUGACUACUUCAACUGGCUAUCCUUACACCUACCAUAAUGGUGUUGCAUAUUUUCAUACUCCUGAAGUAGCUUCUGUCCCACCACCUUGGCCUUCACGAUCUAUAUCUAGUUCCCCUGUGAUGGUAGCUCAACCUGUUUAUCAACAACCUGCAUAUCAUUAUCAGGCACCUGCACAAUGUCUUCCAGGACAAUGGCAAUGGGGAGUCCCCCAGUCUCCAGCUUCUUCAGCCCCAUUUUUAUACCUACAGCCAUCUGAGGUUAUUUAUCAACCAGUAGAAAUUGCACAAGAUGGUGGGUGUGUUCCCCCUCCUCUCUCUCUAAUGGAAACUUCAGUUCCAGAGCCUUAUUCUGAUCAUGGAGUUCAAGCAACAUAUCAUCAGGUUUAUGCCCAAAGUGCAAUUGCCAUGCCUGCACCAGUAAUGCAGCCUGAACCAAUUAAAGAACCAAGGUUACAUUCUGUGAGAAGAAGCUUUUCUCAGCCUUCAUCUGUGGGACUGAAACCUCGAUAUACCCGAAGCCCUCACUUUCAUCCUAGGAAAGAAUUCAGAGCAGAAGAUUCAAUUCUUACUCCACCUUCUUCUACUGACUCUGUUAAGUAA